AUGGAUUUAAACCAAAUCCAAUUCGCUUUGCGUUGUUGCUUACGCUUACGAACAAUUCAAAAUGCUAAAUCACUCCAUUCUUACAUAAUUAAAUCUGGCCAUUUUAAUCACGUUUUUCUCUUAAAUAACAUGAUCUCUGUUUAUGCGAAGUGUUACAGUUUCAAUGAUGCACGUAACCUGUUCGAAGAAAUGCCUCAUAGAAACAUAAUUUCUUGGACAACAAUGGUCUCUGCAUUCACCAAUUCUGGCAGGCCCCGUGAAGCUCUAAUGCUUUAUAACAAGAUGUUAGAAUCCAAAACGGAACAACCUAACCAGUUUUUGUACUCUGCAGUUCUCAAAGCGUGUGGUCUUAUGGGGAAUGUUGAAUUGGGCAAGCUGGUUCAUCACCAUAUAUUUCAAUCUAAGUUGGAUGUUGAUACUGUUCUGAUGAAUGCCCUCUUGGACAUGUACGUCAAAUGUGGGAGUUUGAGAGAAGCUCAACAAGUUUUCUAUGAAAUCCCGUGUAAAAAUGCUACGUCGUGGAACACGCUCAUUCUGGGACAUGCUAAGCAUGGUUUGAUUGGUGAUGCGAUGAAACUGUUCGAUAAAAUGCCGGAACCGGAUAUUGUAUCUUGGAAUAGUAUUAUUGCUGGUCUUGUAGAUAAUGAUAGUCCCCAUGCGUUGCGAUUUGUUUCUAUGAUGCACAUGAAAGGCCUUAAACUGGAUGAAUUCACAUUACCAAAUGCUCUCAAAGCUUGUGGUCUUGGUGGUGAGUUAAUGUUAGGGAGGCAGAUUCAUUGUUAUAUUAUUAAGUUGGGGAUUGAGUCUAGCUGCUAUUGUAUAUCGACAUUGAUUGAUAUGUAUUCGAAUUGCAAGUUUUUGGGAGAAGCAGUGACGAUUUUUGAUCAAUUCUUUGGGAGCUCUUCUGUUUCUGAAAGCUUGGCGCUUUGGAAUUCUAUGCUUUCUGGGUAUGUUUCCAAUGGAGAUUAUGAUGAGGCUCUCAGUAUGAUUUCUCGUAUGCAUCAUUCUGGCGUACUCUUUGAUUUUCAUACCUUUAGUAUUGCUUUAAAGAUAUGCAUUUACUUCGAUAACUCAAGUUUGGCAUCCGAAGUGCACGGAUUGGUCAUCACUAGUGGCUAUGAGUUAGAUUUUGUUGUUGGGAGCAUUCUUAUUGAUCUGUAUUCAAAACGGGGCAAUAUGGACAAUGCAUUAAGGCUGUUUGAGAGGUUGCCGGAUAAAGAUGUUGUGGCUUGGUCUAGUUUGAUUGCCGGUUGUGCUAGCUUCGGUUCAGAUAAGUUAGCUUUUUCCCUUUUCAUGGAUAUGAUUCAUUUGGGUCUUCAAAUUGACCAUUUUGUCAUCUCAAUUGUUCUGAAAGCGUGUUCAAGUAUGGCAUCUCACCAACGUGGCAAACAAGUUCACACUUUAUGUAUUAAGAAUGGGUAUGAAUCAGAGAGAGUAAUUACAACUGCUCUAAUUGAUAUGUAUGCAAAAUGUGGUGACAUUGAGGAUGCCUUAGUGUUGUUUGGUUGUCUGUCAGAAGUGGAUACCAUGAGUUGGACAGGUAUAAUUGUGGGAUGUGCACAAAAUGGAAGAGCUAACGAGGCAAUUAGUCUUCUGCUUAAGAUGAUAGAAUCUGGUACAAAGCCAAACAAAAUCACCAUUCUAGGUGUUCUUACUGCUUGUAGGCAUGCUGGCCUAGUUGAAGAGGCAUGGACUGUGUUUAAUUCUAUUGAAACAAAACAUGGAUUGAUACCAUGCCCAGAACAUUACAAUUGUAUGGUUGAUAUACUUGGUCAAGCUGGACGUUUUGAAGAAGCAGGAAAAUUGAUUAGUGAAAUGCAAUUUAAGCCCGAUAAAAUUUUAUGGUCUUCCUUGCUUGGUGCCUGUGGAGCUUACAAGAACCGACAUCUUGCAAACAUUGUUGCCGAGCAUCUCCUUGCUACCUCACCAGAAGAUGUUUCUGUAUACAUAAUGCUGUCAAAUGUUUAUGCAUCUCUUGGAAUGUGGGAUAGUUUAAGCAAAGUCAGAGAAACUGUCAAAAAAUUAGGCAAAAAAGGAGCUGGAAAAAGCUGGAUUGAAAUCUCAGGUUGA